UUAUGACGCGGGCAUCAACACCUUUGACACGGCGGACAUGUACUCCAAUGGACUUUCUGAGGUCGUACUCGGAAAUGCGAUCAAAAAGCUCAACUUACCUCGUGAUGAGAUCGUAGUCAUGACAAAGGUCUAUAAUGUUGUUGGCCGCACCCCGGGUGAAAAGGUCUUCAAGUCAGCUACACAUCCUGAUCAACUAGGCUAUGUUAAUCAAAGGGGUUUGAGUCGCAAGCACAUUUUCGCAUCCAUCAAGAAGAGUCUAGAGCGUUUGCAACUUGAUUAUGUUGAUGUUCUGCAGUGCCAUCGCUUUGACACGGAGACGCCGAUUGAAGAGACGAUGCAAGCUCUCCAUGACGUCGUGCAGGCUGGCUAUGUCCGGUACAUUGGCAUGUCUUCAUGCUGGGCUUACCAAUUCCAAGCAAUGCAAAAUUACGCGAUUACAAACCACCUCACACCUUUCAUUUCUAUGCAGAAUCACCACAGUUUGAUCUAUCGCGAAGAGGAACGAGAAAUGUUCCCCACACUCAAGAUGUUUGGCGUUGGAUGCAUCCCCUGGUCACCACUUGCCCGAGGACUACUCACCCGCCCUCUUGGCCAGCAAACAAUUCGUGGAAAGACCGACUUGACCAUCAACUCAUACGUCCAGCAUGAGUCUGACAAAGACAUUAUGAACCGCCUCGAGGAAAUUGCGAAGAAGAAAGGUGCAAGCAUGGCGCAAAUAGCUCUUGCUUGGUCGAUGGCACAAGACGCCGUCACGGCGCCAAUCGUUGGGACAACGUCUCUUAAGAACCUGCAGGAUCUUCUCGGCGCCAUUAAUAUCACUCUUACCGCAGAAGAACUUAAGUACUUGGAGGAGCCUUAUCAAGCAAAGUCUGUCGUUGGUCACAAAUAAUUUUCUUCCGAGCACGAAGCCGUGACUGGUUCGAAAAGAACAUUUUUUGUCGCUUCUGCGUUGAUCAAAUGACUCGGGAUACAACCGCACCGUGACGCAACGCAUUCGUGCCCACGAAUGAGGGGCGCCGAUCAAUAUUUGCAGGAUCGCAUGGUAUUUCCCGUUCUUAAAUUGUCGAUGCCUGUUUUUCUUCUCUCCCUACAUUGAACCAAUCUAGCAUCUGACGUGGCUAGAAGACAGCAAACGGCUUGUGCAUUCCAAGACUCUGGAACAACUGCAUCACUUUAGGCAUUAACACAACUAUGUCCUUUCUCUCCAUAUCAAACACUCGGAUCCAGCUCUUGGCUGGCAUUGGCAAUAACUUACCAGCUUGCCCUGCAAAACAUGCCUGUUGCUACUUUAGCCGUGUUGAAAUACAUCAGUUCCA